CGCAGUCUCGAUCGAGGACAGUCCCUAUCAAUUUUGCGAUGCCGAGCAAUGCCGAGGUCAAUUCCGUUGGCCUUGCGGAAAGGCUGCAGAGUUGCAGAUAACUGCUCGGCUCAAUGCCACGUCCAAGCAAUAAAUGUGAAGCUAUGCCAGGGAAAAGAUGUUUUGGAGAGAAUGAAUUAUUUGUAUCAGGCUAGUUAUUUAAUGGCGAUACAGUCCAAGAAUCCAGUCGCUGCUUCGUACUACGGUAACAUAAUGCUUAGAUGUGCUAAAAAAGCUGUUCUUCGAAUGAGUCCAGAUAUAAAGAGAACAAUCUGUAAGUGUUGUCAGUUGCCUCUGAUACCAGGGGACACGGCUAGAGUACGAUUGAUCUCAAAACCCAUGAAAAUGGUCAAAUGGACGUGUCUUACCUGUGGCGCUACCAGAAAAUUCCCUACCAAGAAGGGAUAUAAAUUAUGGGCAGAUCAACCAGAAGCUUUAGUUGAACUGUUUGACUAUACAUUCAAACAAAGUGUUGAUGGUGUAAAUAAAUAUAACAGCCGAAACAAUGAUGCGACAAAAUCAAGUUCUCCACCUGUAGAUGGUAAUAUUCUAUGCACUACAGAAAAUUACGGAAAUAGUUUUCCGUUGACUGAAGAAAACAAUGUUCUCGAUAUAAAAAGUAAUAAGGCAAGAUAAGAGCGUAACUAGCAAGUGCAAUAUAGUUCGAGAUUGACGUAUGUACAUAUCUCAGACGAAAUUUUUAACAAGUUGCUAUAUACUCAAGUACUGCGAUUGUAAUUUAUGUAUUGAUUUUACGAAUUGACAACUUCCUGAUAAAUUUGAUUUUUUGAAUAUCUUCUUUUGCGGUUUUUUUAUGAAAGACACAACUACCUCAUAAAUUGACGAUGAACAGUUUCUUUAACAAUGACUCAUGGUCUGAUUUGAUUCUAUUUUGUUUUGUAUAAAUCUGCAUGGAAAUUUUCAGAAUUAAGACACAAAUAAUCUUUACAAGUACGAAUAUUUCUUAUUAAUCACUUACGUAAAAUAUGUUACAAUAUUACAAUCAGUUUACAAUCGAUAAACAGACAGUUCCUGACUAACUCGAAUAAUUAUAACGUUCUAACAAUACUUUAAUCAAUUAUAGCUUAAUUGUAUUUUAUUAAACAUUCGUGGUAAUAACUUAUAUGAGAUUUAAGUGAUUUUUUUUUUAUCUUCGAGUAUGAGAUACAUUUUGAGAAAUAUGUAACAAGUUAUAAAGCUUAUAGAUAAUAUUCUGUUCCCUGAAACAAUUAUACUAUAUAAAAUAUGGUAAACGUAAAAAUUUGGAUGACUCGUUGCCAUUUUUUAAAAUUAUCCUCUGGAACUAUUGAGCGUAACUGUAAGCUUUACAUAUUAUUACAAAUAGUGUCUCGUUCAGUUUAAUUAUGAUAUGACUAUGUCCGUCCAUAGCCCACCAUUCACUCGUUUAUGCGAUACAUUAUAUAAGUGAACCUCGCUGCGAUCAAAUUAUAAUAAUACUGGAAUGUUAUUGAUUACGGAGCUAUUCAUCAACUGCUUAUUUUUUUAAUUUUCUCAUCUUUAUGAAAUAUUCUUAAAGAGAUUUUUAACUGUCUAUGUCAAUGAAUAUGUUCGUUACAAAACUUACAAUUAGACUUGUAGCAGUAGCAAGUGUUAUUAAUAAAUGAAUGGACGCAAAUUAGAAUUACUGGCACAGCUACCCCAUUCUGUAUCGAGUUGUCACCGAAAGUUGAAUUACCAAGUAUAAAAACAAUAGUAACAUAAAAAUGUAAUAACAGACAUUAAUCGAACAUCGAACAAAAUCACAUGCACUAUAUACCAUAUAUUAUUGGAAAUAGCAUUAAUCGUAUUACGCUUAUUAAUGUAGCUAGCCUUUUGUAUACGGCACAGUGAUGAAUUGGAGUAUUUUAUAAAUGAAAUAUUGGAUACGAUAUUAAAAUUUACAAUUUUCACAAAUAUAGAAAUGAAUUUAUUCAGGAUGAUGAUAUAAUAGAUAUAACCAUUUGCAGCUGAUGACUUAAAAUUUUAAUGACAACGAGAAUUCAAUCCUUAACAAAAUUUCGUUCUGGUCUACAGAUUCACCGAGCAUUUUACGUACUAUUUGAGUAUUUUCUUGUAUGCAAAGUACAAAAUGUGUCAGAUAAUUAUUUGAUAAUACACGUGUAGAUCGACCCGGUGUGAAUAGCAAAUAUGCCAUCUAAACUUUUUUAAUAAAUUGUCAUUUAAUAAUAUGAAUAAAUACGGACUAAAAUUAAUUCCAAUGUCGAUCUAUCGACGCUAAAUAACACAGCCACGAUCGCAACAAGGUACAGUUACGAAAUUCAAAUAAAAAGAAAAACAAAAACUGUGAUGUAACAAUAAAAUUGGGCUGGACGGAAUCUACACACUGAAUUAUAUACAUAUAUCUGUCGUGCCAAGCUUCAGUCGACAAGCUAUUUCACAGUAGCCAUCUAAUAACUUUUUUUUUAUCAAAUCAAAUCAGAUCCGACCCCAGGUUGGCAACACACAUAUAUACAUGCACACAUCGGCUAUAUUUAACGUUCACCCAUUAAUAAGUAUAUCUUAGAUGUAUAAUUUAUACGACUGUCUGAAUAGUUUCAAUAUUUUAAUGCAGUUUUCAACUACACCGUGUAAACUUUGAAGAGGCUUUUAAUUAAAAUUUAUGUGAGACAGGAUUUCAAUUUUGAACCAAACUCACCAAGAAGUGUAGGUAUUGAAAUAGAGGAGAAAAUAUUAAUCCUGCAGAUGGUUGAAGAUUAAUUAAAUCUGUUGUUUGACUUUCAUCGAAAUGCUCUUCCUUCAAGUAUAUAAGUUUACCCUAAAUAGAAGAGACUUUCAAAAGUUUACAGCAACUGCCUUGUUUACACAACCCUUAUAUGUAAAUACGUGGUAUUAUUAACCAGUUAUUGUCAAAAUUAUGCACUUGAAAAGCAUGUAAUAUUGAAACUUAAUCAGAUUCUUACAUUGGAUGGAAAAGGAUGGGAAGGGUUGGUGAAUAGUGUAUAAUUGAGUUUACAUGAGUCCUGAUACGAACUGUGGUUGUCCGUCACGAUCUAACGUUAAUUGAGGAGUUGGCGUUGGUUGAAAUGUCGAGCCCUGGAAGCCCAUUGCUGACUCAUACAGCUGAAAUAUACAAUUUGUAAUUUUCCCAGUCCCGAUCAGACUCUAUUAAUAAAUUACAUAUAAAUUUCA